GCCCCUGCCCCACCCCAGCGGGCGGAGCGCGCGGCGGCCCUAAAGGCGGCGGGCGGCGGCGCGCGGCCUGGCGGGCGAUGUGGCGGCGGCGGCGGCGGGCGCGGGGCGGCGGCGGGGGGCGGUGGUGGCCGGCGGCCCUUGCGGUGCUGGCGCUGUCGGUGCCCGCGGCGCGGCCCCGCGAGCUGUACUCGGCCGCUGACCCUCUGGAGCUGCUUGGGGCGGAGGCGGAGGGGCGGCUCCUGGGCUCCCCCAGCGCCUGGGCCGUCGAGUUCUUCGCCUCCUGGUGCGGGCACUGCAUCCACUUCGCGCCCACAUGGAAGGCCCUGGCUCACGACCUUCGCGAGUGGAGGCCUGCAGUGGUGCUGGCAGCCAUCGACUGUGCCGAUGAAGCUAACCAGCAAGUGUGCGCUGAUUUUGGGAUAACUGGCUUCCCCACACUGAAGUUCUUCAGAGCUUUUAGCAAGAAAGCAGAGGACGGGAUAAGGAUUACCAAUCCCAGUGCCACCGUCGAGGACCUGCGCCAUGCCAUCAUCACCAACCUUGAGCAGAGCCAGGAUGCCUGGCCACCCGCCUGUCCUCCACUGGAGCCAGCGAGUGUGGAGGAGGUUCGCACCUUCUUCCAGAGGAACAAGGACCAGUACUUGGCGCUUAUAUUUGAGAAGAGCAACUCCUUCGUAGGCAGAGAGGUGGCACUGGACAUGCUGCAGUACGAGAAUGUGGCAGUGAGGAGGGUGCUGAGCAGCGAGGAGGAGCUUGUGGAGAAGUUCGGCGUCACCACCUUCCCCUCUGCCUACCUGCUCCUCCGCAACGGCUCCUUCUCCCGCCUGCCCGUGCACAUGGAGGCACGCUCCUUCUACACCUACUACCUGCGCACACUCUCAGGCAUCACUCGUGGCUCCUACAAGCUGAACACAACCAUCGCCAUUUCCAACGAGACCAAUGUAUCCCAGCCAAAGCAUGCUGACCGCUCCAAGGUGUACAUGGCUGACUUGGAGUCCACGCUGCACUACUCGCUGCGGGUGGAGGCCACCCGUGCCGCCACACUGUCAGGAGCCCAGCUGGCCGCCUUCAAGUGCUACGUAUCCACACUGGCGAAGUACUUCCCGGGGCGCCCCUGUGUGCAGACCUACCUGCAGUCCCUGGAUGGAUGGCUGAAGAACUGGACAGAGCCCGAACUGCCCCGCAACGUCUUGAAGGAGGCCAUGAAGAAUAACAGAGAUGCCUCUCACCCUGCUGUGCUCCCCACCAAUGUGACCUGGGUGGGCUGUGAGGGCAGCGAACGCCAGUUCCGUGGCUACCCCUGCGGGCUCUGGACCAUCUUCCACCUGCUGACUGUCCAGGCUGCCCGGAGCGGCCCUGAUAAAGAGCUGCCACUGGAGGUGCUGAGCGUCAUGCGCUGCUAUGUCCGGUACUUCUUCGGCUGCCAAGAGUGUGCCCAGCACUUUGAGGCCAUGGCGGCUGAGUCCAUGGACCGGGUGGCGAGCCGAAAAGAGGCUGUCCUGUGGCUCUGGUCCCACCACAACGAGGUCAAUGCUCGCCUGGCAGGAGGUGACACAGAGGACCCCAAGUUUCCCAAGCUGCAGUGGCCUCCACCAGACAUGUGUCCCCAGUGCCACAAGGAGGAGCGGGGUGUGCAUGCCUGGGAUGAGUCGGCUGUGCUCACCUUCCUUAAGGUGCACUUCUCGCCGGCCAACAUCUACCUGGACUAUGCUGAGCCUGACCCCAUCCUCAUGGCUGGAGAGGGGACUGGCACCAGGCUGGGCACUGAGGGCCCGCGAGAGGCGAGGGAGAAGGAGGAAGAAGAGGAAGAAAAGGAGAGGGAGGGUGACAUGAGAGCCCCGGGGCGACCAGUCUCUGCCGAACCAAGGCGCCCCAGCAUUGUGCGGCUGAACCCCAAGCUGCGGGAGGUGGGUGAGGACAUCGUGGACCUGGACUCCUUCAGCGAGCAGCACUUCAAGAGCCAGGCACUGCGAGCGGCAGCCAGCCGGCACCGGCGCCUCAGCAAGCGGGACACCAUCGCCCUGCCCCGUGAUGCCAGGGUGGGCCGGGAGCGCCGGCGAGCUCCUGGCAUCCAGGUCCAGGAGGAGGAGGCUGGGGAAGGCAUGAGGAGGAGCCCCUGGCUGCGUGUGCUUGGCUUGGGCUUCUCCCGCCUGGACAUCAGUCUCUGCGUGGCCCUCUACUUCCUCUCAUCCUUGUGCCUCCUGGGCAUGUACACUUUCUUCCGUUUCCGCACCCAUGCCCGGAAAGGCCGCCCCAGCUUCCCCAUGGCCUGAGACCAGUUACAGGGGCCAGGGGCUGCCCCCAGGGUGGGGGUGAGUGGGCUGCUGAUCAGGACACCCUUGGGACAUCAUUUUGUUUCCCAGUGGGAAGGGGUUUAGUGCAUCCUCCCCAGGAGCUGCCCGCUUGCAGCAGUCGCCUCACCCAGGGGAGAGGGUGGAGAGCUCCUUUUUGGGGGGAAGGAGGUGUCAGAGCAUCCCCCCCUCAGGUCGCAGUGCCACAUUUCGGGUGUGCGGGAGCUGGGACACCAACACUGGUUCAUGUCUCAGCACCAGCUGCCCUUGGAGCUGCCUGGACUGGUUUCAGAGAAGCCCAGUCCCAUGCUGGGGAGCAGCCCUUUGGGAUCAAACCACUAGUGGGGGUUUAGCCCCACAGAAAGCAGAUACUGCUGGGAGGGGGGUGGCAGACUGGGUUCAGCUGCAUUUUUGUGUGUCCCCCCUUGAGACAUGGAUGGGGGCCCCCCACUGUUCUUCACCCCGGUCCCCCGCACCCCCUCCCUGCACUUACUCAAUGCUCGUCUUAGUGUAAUAAAUUGUUUUUGCUGACGCUGGCCCUGCUCUGUCAGCUGGUCCCUGCCGUGUGGGCACACGGGGCAGCACCUCCCCUCCCUGCCAUCCCCCAGUGCUGGCUAUCCCUGCUCUGAUCUCCCCCAUCACCCUGGGAAGAGCGCUGUCUUGGUUUAAUCCUUUAAAUGUUUUUAGUUGUUAUUGCACAUUUCUGCUUAUUGCUUCUGGAGCCACCUGUGGCCCCCUGUACAGCCAGCAUGUUCCCAUGGUGGGGGUGGCUCAUGGUUUAUCCUCAGGCGGGGGUGAUGGGGAGGGAGCAUGGGGAGGGCAGGAAGCUGCUGGGAAUAAAUUGACAUGAGCCAUGGAGCUGCAGUUUGGUGCUGGUCGUGCCCAUGGUCCGGGGCAGGGAGACAGCAUCCCCCUGGGCAGCAGGACUUCUGCAGGUGUAGGCACCCUGUGCCUGUCCCUGGUCCUUUCUGCCCUUUUAUCCUUGUUAGGAAUCAUUAAGGAAAAUGGUUGUUUUCCAGAGCUAGGGCUGGAGCCAUCUGCUCUCCCAGUGCUGCCUAAAUCCCCCUGUAACAAAUUCAUUGGGAUUACGCUGCCCUCCCCUAAUCCCAGCCCCUCCCCCCACACGGGGGAUUUGAAAGGAUUAAAGCCUUGCUCAUAAUAAACUUUAUUAAGGGGGGGGGGGUGUCAAUCCGAUUUGGAGCUUUUUUCUUGAUAUCUUCACUUUGCGCAGGUGGGAGGUGAAGGCUGGUAGGAUGGGGAAGGAGGGCAGCCAGCUCUGCUGCUGACCGGACACUGGGAUCUCUGGCUCCUCUGGCCCUUCCUCCCUCACCUGCCCUUGAAAUAAAUUGUCUUGCUCUGUC